AUGUUACGACGGCGUUCCUUGCGGUCUUUCACGAUCGUUCUUGCCGUUGCUUCACUUAACCUUCUUGCUGUUUGCGGUUUCAAUUUGGACGUUUACGCUCCAAUUUACAAGUAUGGUCAGGAGAAUACCUACUUUGGUUACACAGUGGCAGAGCACUUCAAGGUCGAUGAACCUGUAAUGCAUGAAGUUGUUACUUCACAAGCGGUUGGUAUUGAUGUUAUACGAUUAGUCUGCUUUCCUACGUAUUCUCACUCAUCGUUUUAUGAACCUAUCCGUUGA